CAAGCGCCGGUGCCUGAGGUGCGGAAGCGGAAGGGGAAGCGGAUGCGUCACAGGGGCGCUUCAGCGAGCCGUAACUAUGCACGGCGUUGGCGAACCGGAGCCUCGACCUACAGCGACCCCGAGCGGCUGCGCUAAGCCGGCCCUAGAGACAGGGAAUCUUUUAACUGAACCAAUAGGCUACUUAGAAUCCUGUUUCUCGGCCAAGAAUGGUACUCCACGACAGCCAUCCAUUUGUAGCCAUUCGAGAGCCUGUUUGAGGAUUAGAAAGAGCAUCUUUAAUAAUCCUGAACAUUCCUUGAUGGGCCUAGAACAGUUUUCUCACAUUUGGAUUUUGUUUGUUUUUCACAAAAAUGGCCAUUUGAGUUACAAGGCAAAAGUAAAGCCCCCUAGGCUGAAUGGGGCAAAGACUGGGGUGUUUUCUACACGGAGUCCCCAUCGUCCCAAUGCAAUAGGACUGACUCUGGCCACGCUGGAAAAGGUGGAAGGUGGAGCUGUAUACCUGACUGGAAUUGACAUGAUACAUGGCACACCUGUGUUAGACAUAAAACCCUACAUAGCUGAUUAUGACUCACCACAAAACUUGAUGAAGCCUUUAGGGAGCUUUAAUUUACAGAAUAACCAACACAAACCAAGGACUGCGUCCCAGUCGGACAGUGGAACUGAUACCUGUGACCAGCGGCAGAGCUCAGUGUGUGAGAAAGCACAGCCCUGCCAUGGCGCUGAGGAGAAACUGAAACACCUUGAAGACAGAGCUUCAGAAGAAAACUCCCCGAAGCCCAGCAACAGCACAGAAACCCCUUGUUCCUCACCUGGGCACAGGGACAGAGCAGCAGAUUUAGAGUUGGAUUCAAGGAUCAGUGAGAAUGUGGGUGUGACAGAAUUGCAGCAUGGCCCACAGGAGCUGAAGAACUUUCCAGAACCCAGGAGUUUGGAAGGCACCAUGGUCCUGCAGGGGAGUAGUGUAGAGACACAGGGGGCUGCUUCCUGCCCCACCAGGAUAGCUGACAGAGCACCUGGCAGUGUGGUCCCCACCUGGGUGAGAGAGGCCCCUGCCGCCCCUUUACAGGUCCGAUUUACUCCUCACGCAGAGAUGGACCUGGAGCAGCUCGGUUCAGAUGCUGGUCAGGUGUCAUUUAAAUAUUUUCAGUCAACUGAGGAAGCAAAGUGUGCCAUCAAGGCUGUGCUGGCUGCAGAUCCUCGGUCUGUGUACCGCCGGAAGCUCUGUCAGGACCGCCUUUUCUACUUCACUGUAGAUGUAGCACACGUCACAUGCUGGUUUGGUGAUGGCUUUGCAGAGGUCCUGAGAGUCAAGCUGGCUUCUGAUACUGUCCAGGUGACUGACCCUGAGCAGUCCUUGGUACCCCUGGGAUCUUGAAGAGCCUCCAUCAUGUCUUGAGACAGCCUCAUUGAUUUUACUGCUCUGGUUGGUGCCAUUCAAAAUGUUUAUUUGAAAAAAUGUAUUUUAAUAAACUUGGCUGAGUAAUCACUAUGUGCUUUGCC